UCGUACAACACUGUUUUCUUAGUUCUGCAGUAAAUCUCUGUUCUCUCAUUGCAAUAACUGAUGCCUUUUCUCUGCAACUCGCAUGGCAUCCAACCCACAGCCAUCAGCUAACAAUCCUCCCCCGAAACCCUGGGAGCAAGCUGGUGGUUCUUCUGGUGCUACACCUUUUAAACCACCAUCAGCUGGCAGCACAAGUGAUGUCGUUGAGGCUUCAGGAACUGCAAGGCCCGGAGAAAUUGUUCAAAGCUCAGGUAGUGCCGCAAACACAAAUGCUGUUGGUAGGCCUCUUCCUUCAAGGCCUUGGGAGCAGAAUUAUAGCAUGAGCAGCUAUGGAGGUUAUAAUUCCACUCUGAAUUAUAAUUCUGGAUAUGGGUCAGGAAUGUAUGGUUCAUCAUAUGGUGGAGGGCUGUAUGGAAACAACAUGUAUCGAGGAGGGUAUUCUGGACUUUAUGGUUCUGGGAUGUAUGGUGGUGGAAUGUAUAAUAGUGGUUUCGGAGGCCCAUUGGGUGGUUAUGGAAUGGGCAUGGGUGGUCCUUAUGGAGCUCAAGACCCUAAUAAUCCUUUUGGUGCACCUCCAUCUCCACCAGGGUUUUGGAUUUCAUUUCUUCGAGUGUUGCAAGGCGUGGUGAACUUUUUUGGUCGCAUAUCGAUUCUCAUAGACCAGAAUACACAGGCUUUUCACAUGCUCAUGACUGCACUUCUUCAGCUUUUCGAUCGCUCUGGUAUGUUGUAUGGAGAGGUGGCUAGAUUUGUAUUGAGGCUGCUAGGGAUCAAAACAAAGCCUAGAAUGGCCCACCCGCAUGGUCCCCAUAGACUUCCUCUUCCAGGACCAGAAGGUACCAAUGCAAACCCGCUUUACAUAGAAGGACCAAAGCCAGCUCCAAGUGGUUCCUGGGACAGUGUUUGGGAGAAUGACACUUGCAAAUGAUGCAGUAGUAUUUCUCUUAUGGAUUGAAUCUGAUUUUUCUUCCUUGAUAGAAAAUAAACAAACUCUGUUGUAAUCCUCAGCAACAUGAGCUGCACUUGAAUUUUCGGUGUGAAAUUAAAUGUAAUCUUUGAAAUCAGCAUCGUGUUUCUUCUAGUUUAA